UGGGUGAAAAAAGGAUAGUUUGUUUCACGAGAAAAAGAACAGCUGAAGGUGUGUGUAAUACGACACUUGAAGUAAAACCAGCGCUUUAACCAAUCCAGUCUUCCGCCUUUUAACAAGCCUACCCUAUUGUACUCAUUGACAAGGGGAGAGCGAUCGCGUCGACGAAAAAGGCCUCUUCUGUUUGCCCCCUCUCGACGAGGCCUGUUGCUACGCGCCCUGCGUCUAUGGCAACAGGCGGGACAGAGGGCACGCUUGAGGUAUUCAAUCACUGCUGCUUGAUCUGACGAAGCCAUACUGCGACAUACCUGCUAGGUAGAUAGUUAGCGAUCAAUUUUUAGCGAAAGAAGCAUUGAACGUAGAAUCAAAGCGAAAUGGAGGACACAGAACGAAAAACUGUGAUGAUUGCUGCAAGAGAAAGAGGACCGGGUCCGGGCAGAUACGCUCUUCCUACGUCAGUUGGGUUCAAAGGACAUGAUUUCACGAAACACAUGAAGCCUUCAUACUCAUUUGGGCAACGACUGGACAACUCGAUGUUCUCUAAAGACGUGAGCCCAGGUCCAAAAUAUCACGUCAACCCUCGCUUUACGAGGUCGGGUCCUGAGGGAGAACCAAAAUAUUCAAUGCUCGCAAGACAACCAGAUCCAAAUGUAUUCCGCCCUCCGGGUCCAGGAACAUACGACAAUCACAGAGUUUUUCCCCAAGGAGAGCGUGCUGCGCCUGCCUACUCUAUGGGCGGUCGAACGCGUUACCGCAAACGUGAUUGCCACCCAGCAGCCAACGCAUACACGCUUCCACAACUUGUAGGCCCGAAGAUCAUUAACAAAUCAGCACACCCGGCUUACUCUAUGACUGGGAGGUCAAAUAUCCAUGGAUUCGAUGAGGAUCUAGCACGCACUCCCGGCCCUGCUAAGUACAACGUAACGACACCGAAUGCUUACCGCAACAAGCAGCCACUGUAUUCAAUGCUCGGGCGAAACAUAAUGCCAGGGGAUAACACAAGGAAACCAGGCCCCGGAGCUCACUCGCCGGAGAAAGUAUACAUAAAUAAAAGGAAAGCGCCUGUUGUUUCCAUGGGGAUCCGUCACUCUGAGUUCGUCUGUCCAUUAAUUAUUGACGUAACCGACUAAUAUCAUUCCCGGACUCCGUCCACCUUCGUCGCAACAUCAAAAGGAAUUGAAACAGACGAAAACUUUCUGUAAAAUACAAUCCGUCCAGACUAAUCAAAUGUACAGAAUCACCUCCUACACAAACUUGAUUGCCCACAUUCACAAAGUUAUAGAUUUAUCGACAUUUCUUGUGUUCGUGUUACUCGCAGCCCAUUAAUAUUGAAUGAGAUUAUUCCAAUACAUCUACUAGAGCCAAUAUAAGAAACGAGUGCUGUUGCAUU